UGUUCUGUGACUUUCUUGUUUUUGUAAGGUUGGCAACGUUGCUGCAAUUAGUCUAUUCAAUUUUUUGCGUACACAGUGCGAAGCACCGUCCUCGUGCUACCCUCGGAAUGGCAGAAACAGGAGGCGACAAAAUUUCUAAGAAGGUCACUGUUACUUAACGUAAUUCUAUUAAGUAUGUUGGGUCUCACUAUCCGUAAUACCAUAAGGCAACAGCUGAAAAAAUGCUUUAGUACAUCAGAGUGUCAAUUAAGUGAGUUAAAGCGGAGGUUAAAGGCUGAACAAAAAGCGAAGGAAAAACUUGAAAAGGAAAAAAAUGAAGCAGCCAAAAAAGUUGCUAACCCAAAACCAUCUGCUGCAGCUGAAGAAGAAAUUAGCCCCAAUGAAUAUUUCAAAUUACGUAGCUCAGCUGUCAGCCAGUUAAAAGAAUCAGGACCUCAUCCGUAUCCACACAAAUUCCAUGUGGAUAUUUCUCUAGAAGCGUUUAUAGACAAGUACAAUAGUUUAUCGGAAGGUGAAGUUCUUGAGGAUGUGACUCUCAGUGUAUCUGGUCGAGUCCAUGCCAUCCGGGAAUCAGGUGCUAAACUUCGCUUUUUCGACCUUAGAGGGGAAGGAGUAAAGAUUCAAGUCAUGACUAAUGCCAGAUUUUACCCAUCCGAGGAAGCAUUCUUCAAUGAUGUUGAUAAACUACGGCGGGGUGAUAUAAUUGGAUGUAGAGGUCAUCCUGGCAAAACCAAGAAAGGCGAACUGUCCAUUGUCCCCACAAGUAUUACUCUUCUCUCUCCUUGUUUACACAUGUUGCCUCACCUGCAUUUUGGAUUGAAAGAUAAGGAAACAAGAUUUCGUCAACGGUACUUAGAUUUAAUUUUGAACGAUAAAGUUCGACAGAAAUUCAUAGUUCGAGCCCAGAUCAUAUCUUAUGUGAGAAAGUAUUUAGAUGCGCUUGGAUUUUUAGAAGUUGAGACUCCAAUGAUGAAUAUGAUUGCGGGAGGUGCUACUGCCAAACCUUUUGUAACUCAUCACAAUGAACUCGAUAUGGAUCUGUACAUGAGGAUAGCCCCUGAAUUAUAUCUGAAGAUGUUAAUUGUAGGUGGCAUUGAUAGAGUAUAUGAAAUUGGCAGACAGUUCCGCAACGAAGGAAUAGACUUGACACAUAAUCCUGAAUUCACCACCUGUGAGUUCUAUAUGGCUUAUGCUGAUUACAAUGACCUCAUGCAAAUAACUGAAGAUUUAUUGUCAGGAAUGGUGAAAAGCAUUCAUGGCUCCUACAAAGUGACGUAUCAUCCAGAUGGUGUCGAAGCUGGCAACCCUGUUGAAGUUGACUUUACUCCUCCAUUCAAACGGUUGUACAUGUUCCCAGCCUUAGAAGAAAUUCUGAAAGUGAAGCUUCCCUCACCAACAGAAUUAUCUACUCCUGAAGCAACUAAACAACUCAGUGAUUUGUGUGUGAAACAUGAAAUUGAGUGUCCACCUCCCAGAACUGCUGCUAGGUUAUUAGAUAAGCUGGUUGGUGAAUUUUUGGAAGAGAAGUGUAUCAAUCCCACUUUCAUUUGUGAUCAUCCUCAAGUGAUGUCUCCGCUCGCAAAAUGGCACAGAUCAAUACCAGGACUGACGGAAAGAUUUGAAUUAUUUACAAUGAAAAAAGAAAUUUGUAACGCAUACACAGAGUUAAACGAUCCUGCUGUGCAACGAGAAAGAUUUGAACAACAGGCAAAAGAUAAAGCGGCCGGUGAUGAUGAAGCACAGUUAGUUGAUGAAAAUUUCUGCACAGCCUUAGAGUAUGGUCUUCCACCAACCGCAGGUUGGGGUCUUGGUAUAGACCGAUUAACAAUGUUCCUAACUGACUCAAAUAAUAUCAAGGAAGUACUAUUUUUCCCUGCCAUGAAGCCAGAUGAUCCGAAUAAAAACAAAGAAGAAGAAAAAGAAGAACCAGCAGUCAACUCUCACCAAUGAAAAGAAAUGUCAGAGAAAGCACAUUUCUAUUAAGCUCUCGCGUUUCCCCUCUUUAAUUACUCCCGUCUUAGUUUCUAGCUGUGCUGCAAUAAUCUUUUGCUCAGGAUCUUGACGAAAGAUCUUUAAAAAUGAUUAAAACACGGAGGGGAAAUUAGUCACCUAUAGGAUUUUUUAUUAAGAAGUAUGUGCUGAUUUAUUUCAUCCUUUUCUUGCUUCUUACCGUACAUUUCAUCAAUUUAUACCCCAAAAUAUCAACACAAAUCAUUGAUACCGGAUGGGAGAGUUCGUAUCUCCGUAAUUCAAGCUCUAGUUGUUUUAUUGACUAAUUUAUUUAUUUCUUUACUUAUUUAUUUUUCUUCAUUAGAUUUUAAUCUUUGAAUUUAUCUUCUUUUUUUAGUCUUAUUCCUCCAAAUAUUGUCUACAUAUUCAAUUACCAUGAAGGAUUUCUUUGAUUCUUUUUGUUUCAUAGAAGGUUAAAAUCCCCCCCUCAAGAGACUGUGCUAAAAACCUUAAAAUAAAUCUUAUGAACGUACAUAAAUUUCUGGAUUUUAUUGUCGAUCUGAUAGUUUGCUUUGAUGAAAUUUACCUUCGUAAAAUUAAUAAAUGCAAUUAAUCAGCUUAAAAUAAUUUUUCUACUCGUCACAAAUUAUAUAUUUAUUGAUUUAUUUAUUUUAAAAAGAAGCCCAUUAAUUUGUGAUUUUUUUUCUUACAUGUAUGCAAGGUGAUGUUCAGUGCAACAUCCUAUCCUUCAGAAAGUUUGUAAAGAAAGCCUGGUUAUUACUAAUCCUUCUUUCUCAGUCCUAACAAUAAUUUAAUAAGUAAGUGGAGCGAGAGUGUGUAAAGUAGAAAAGGCACGUUUGUCUUGCAAUGUAUACUAUGUAUGGACUCCGUUUUAAAUCAUUUAAAAAAUGAACCUAGUAGUAGCCACGAGCAAAGAAAUUUUAAUGACUCGAUGGCAAAUAAAAUAGCACAGUGGAGUGUGAGAGAAGUAAAUGAAUACGGCAUAAUCAACGUGAACUAAAGUUUUAUAAAUUUUUCACAAAACUAGCAUUUCUGCCAUUUAAUUUAAGUCAUGACAAUACACCUCUCAAUGAAGAAGUUUCGUUAAAAUUUCAAGCAGUAAAUUUGUCAAGUCUUCUUCUGAGAAGAAUGACAGAAAUUUUGAAACUUCACAUUCGAAAUUGCCUUCGAGCUGUUUGUAUAGUACCAUGUGGAGCCUUGUACAUCUUCAUUGAUUUCAGCACUAAUUUUUCUGGUCAUCCAGUCGAGAGGGAUAAUUCUGGGCCGUAACCAAUGAAGUAACUGCAAGAAUCAAUGCAAGAUUCAGAAAUCCUUACAAAAAUUCACUGCUCAGCUUGGUACCAAUUUCACUUUUGCAAUUCAUUCAAGAAAUUUGGUGAUUUAAGAAUGAAUAUCUGUUCGUAAAUUUAUUUUUGCAGUGAAGUUAAAAAAAUUAAUCAUCCAUCGUGGCUGUAAUUUCUAGAAGUGAGGUUUGGAGGCCUUUUAAUUUAUUAGUCAAUUUUCAGUAUUGUAUACCUCUGUACUUUUCUUUUUUUCUCUCUUUUUUUUGGUACUUUUUAAAUUAAAGAAAAGAAAAAAUUUAA